CGAGUUACCUAACCGGUGGACUCUUCAAGUUUUAUAAAGUAAACUGCUGAAACCGAAACAAAGCUGAAAGUUGAUUGAUCGCGGAAGUUUUCUCGACUUGAUCAGACUAGAGAUCUGGUGAAAUCCAAAGCGCUAUGGCAGCAGCCCGUGACGGCUGAGAGAAAUGAGAUUCUCGCCACACGUUUAUUUCGGCGAUGCUGGAAUGGACGCGGUCAGGGCUCAUCGACGCGCCUCUUGCCACAACACCGACUGAUCGAAAAACGCGGGUGUAAAGCGAAAAGUUUGGGGCCAGAUCUCGGAUGAGGUUUUCUGUGAGAAACAUGUAAAGCAGCGCUGGACGAUGUCCACUGUCGCGAGCUCUGAGUGGUGCGCGCACGACUGUCUCAGUAUCCCAUGGUCAAUGUGUAUGAACAGGCCUGCUGUCUGUGUGACUGUAAUGCUGCUGCUCGCGGUGGCCCACAGUAGACGCGCGUGCGAUUAUUCUAUGAUCAUCAGCACCUACAGAGCGCUCAUCCUGGUUGAGCUCCAAAACCUGAAUCUGACUGGUCCAUUUGAUAUAUCAGAAGAACGGGAUCACUGUCCUUCUGAAAAGGUUCAUCGCAUUCUGCAAAAUAUUUACGGCAUGACCCAGAUCUUCAGCUGUCUGAAUGAAGGCCACAGACAUGCAGACAGCAUGACAAAAGUGGUUCACCAAAUGGCCCAACUUAUCAGACAAAACUGCCACAAACCACAAAGUUUGGGGAAAAGGCAUAAAAAAACAGCUUGCAAACCAGUGAAGAGACGGAAAGCAAGACAACGGCGGAAAAUGAAAAUGAUGGGAAUGCUUAUAAACUGCUGGCAGAAAUUGCAAAGCGUGUCUGCUCAUUAAGUUACACCACACGCAGGUCUCAGAUCAGCUCAACUACUUAUUUAAGACUGUAUGCACAUUAUUUUUCUCAUAACAUUAUUUAUGCACAUUCACAGUUUUUAAUGCAAAAGGAACACUAAGUGUUUUGUAGAGUACUCCAUCCAUGAAAUAAGGUGAGGCUGUCUCAAACACAUUAUAUGGUAACAGUACAUGUUUCUAUUUCUGAUGUAUAUCUGUUAUUUAAUAGCACUGUAUAUGACAUAAGCAUAGCCAGUUGGAUACUUAUCAUUGCACAAAAUAAUAAAUACAUGUGAUCUAUGCACACAUAUAGACACUUACUGCUGCUGCAUAUUGAGCCAAAUGUAAUAAUAAUGUAGAUAUUUUCCAAAAUAUGUUUGGUGGUUCAUGUUCUCAUGGUCAUAACACUACUACUUGCACAUUCAUGACAUACACACAGAAUAAGCUGUUUUGAUAACUUUGUUAAAAUGCAUGUUGGGUCAAAGAAGGUGCUCAUUUGUCUAAGUUUAACUGGGUGCUAUGUUUCAGAAACCAACAGGCAUCUGAUCACACCAAUUCUGAGAAUACUGGUUCAUAUUAAUUCAGAGUGACUAUAACAAACUUAUACAGAAAUCAGUUUCUAUCACUUUUGCUGCUUCAGUACUGCACAUCUAUGUCUUAUAAAAGUUCUCUUUUCUGUCAUUUUUUAAAUAAAAACUUUAAAACUA